AGCCGCGCUGGCUCAGGCCGCGCCCUGGGCGAGCCCAGAAUGUCACGGACCCUUGCACCACGUGCCACGGCACGCCGUACAGCCCGCCCGCUCGCCUCCCCUUUUUUCUCGAUGCGACGCUUUCAUGCCAUCUCGGUUACUGGCCAGUGUGUGCGGGCUGCCAUUUUCAUGCCUUAGAGCUAAAUUCAGUACUGGGGGUCCGUCUACGCCUGGCAGUCCUUCUGAUGUUUCUUGGCCUCGAUGGAGCGCACGGGACUCCGUCGCUCCUUCGCGAACGAGGUCAUACAGAUCGCCAACGACGCUCGGCAUGCCCGCUUCCGCUGCCCAUGGCCACUGUGCCGUUAGAAGAGACGACAGUCGGAGUCUCUCGUAAAUUAAUAUUAUCAUUGGCCUCGCGGCAGGGUGCAAUUUCCAGAGGCGGAGUUGGCACGCGCAUGUUCGCGCACUCUUCCUCUAACGGCGCGCACCCAGCUCUCGCACCACAUGGAGCACUUGCAGCGCGACCUCAACAUCAGCAUGAUUGCCUUCCAGAGCGCCAUGGGGAGUGAGUCGGACAUGCAGUUCGACGACGUGUUCUGGCCUCUUGCCACAACAUGGCGGACGUGCGGACCCAAGUUUCGGACCCUCGGCGAAAGCUCGCGCUUGCUCAGCAGACCACGCUGAGCGACAUCCCGCACGACAAGGGCGUCCUCCACAAGGUCAGCCCCCAGGUGGACGUGGUCUAGCCUAAAAUGUCUGCUGGCGCCUCCUCCCGCUCGACGGCAGCGCCCCGCCAGGCAGCCGCAGGCGCAGGCGUCUUCCUGCGCGGCCUGCUCUUCGGCGCAGCAGCAGACGCAACGCGACGACAUCGGAGAGGAGAGCGAACUCCAGAGGUGCCGGACGCUCAUCGCUGAGAGGCAUGGUGAUCGAUUGCGCGGAGAGGCGCGGACUGGGGAUGGUCCCGUGCUGGGCCAGUUUCUUUUUCCAGCACCUGAACCUGCGCGUGAGACCGGUCGAGCGGCGCACGGUCGGCCACCUAUUGCCAGGCAUUUUCGGAAAAAUGGCCGAAGUCGUAGACUCGGCUGUGGACUCCGAAGGAGCUGGAUCAGAUGACGACGACGUCGGAAGUGCGGCAGUAGGAGCAACGUGGAACGCCCAAGCCGACCUCGAGGACAGCGAGCUGACGUCGGACUGGCUGGUCCUGGGCCACGCGGACGCCAUCGCACAGCCCAGAACCAGGGCAUGGGCCCCAGUUCGGCGCGAGAGGACUGCGGAAGAUGGAGCUGCGGCGCGACGGCGCGGCUCUUGGCUGCGAUCGUGCUCCCUGCCCUCGCGAGCGGGGCGGACGCCUGCCUGGCCGAGCUCCUGCGCCUCGCCAAGGCGGGCGCGGCUAUUGAAGCUGCCAUCCUCGAGGCGUGCCUGGCUUCGGACUGGCAGCGCAAGAACUCUGACGCCCUCGUCCGCGCGAUGCCCUACCCACGCCUAAAGCCGUAAGGUUCGAGGCGGGGAGUCCAC